UCGAGAGUGAAAAGCGGUUCGGCCGCGCUACGAGUGAGAUGGACGGGGCGGUGCUCUAGCGGCGUGUCGGCGCGCGUACUACACAACACGGCAGCUUUCGCCUCGACGUUGGCGCGACCACCGGCGCGAAGACUUCCCGAGAGGCGGGGGCGACUUACGGUGGUGCGAGUGGUGUUGUGACGUGCGCGCUGGCUUCGUGCGUGCAGUGAGUGCUUGUCGGAGUUCGUUUCAAAGAGAGGCGGCCAGCCGGCCGAGGUGGACUUAAAGAAGUCGUCAUGUCUUCGGCGGCUUACGAGCUCGGAGCCGUGCGGCUCGAGAUCAGGCCGCUGAGGCCCUUCAAGUCUAGCGAGGAAUACUUGUGGGCCAUGAAGGAAGACUUGGCCGAGUGGAUGAACACGCUGUACGGCCUCAAGCUGACGCCCGAGACGUUCUUGGAGUCUCUGGACGACGGCGUGACGUUGUGCCGUCACGCGAACAAGGUUCUCGAGGCGGCUCGACGCGAAGGCCGGCUGGCCGCGCUCAAGCUGCCCGACCGGGACGUCGUGUACCGCCCCGACGUCCAGCGCGGCACCUUCCAGGCCCGCGACAACGUCUCCAACUUCAUCGCCUUCUGUCGCGCGCUCGACAUCAAGGAGUGCCUGCUGUUCGAGACCGAGGACCUCGUGAUGCGCAAGAACGAGCGCAGCUUCAUACUGUGCCUUCUCGAAGUGGCUCGCCGCGGAGCCCGUCUCGGCAUGCUGGCGCCGCUGCUCGUGCAGUUCGAGCAGGAGAUCGACGCCGAGCUCGAGCACGAGUGCGACUCGGACGAAGAGCCGCCCCCGCCGAGGCCGCAGAUCAUCACCAACGACUUGCGAUCGCUUCACGAAAGGGUGAGUGUGGGCGAUGCUGCUCUUUUCGUGCGGUUGUGUGACUGCACGCGUGGUCCUAUUGAUGACUAC